CAGGCGACUGGAGGGAGGGCAACUGGGCAUCCACUCUUGCUCACAAACUCUCCUGGCACCAUUCGAUGCCACUAAGCAACUCGUAGGAUAUGGGAAGACUGUUCGGAUGUUCCAACGCGAGGAACAUGAGGGUGUGCAGUUGGAGAUCCAUGGAACCACACCUGCAGAGGAAACUAGCUGAGGACCAUUUCGUGUAAAGCUACAGUCGAUUGUCCUGACUCACUGGUUAUAGUAUAUAAUUAGAUCUUUUCUUUUCGAGGACUUGUUUUAAUGAUUAAGCAUCCUUGACAAAUAAGACGCCAUGUCGACAGCUCAAGCUUUACACCACACCGGUGUCUACAACUAUUUCCUCAACAUGGUGGCUUAUCAGAUAUGCUGCUGCUGUGGCCCAGCACCAUGUUCCCUGUGUUGCUCCUUCUGUCCGCCUGUCAAAUCAUCAUCCAGCACGCGGGUCAUGUACACGUUAUUCCACAUCCUGGCCUGCACUGUCUCAUGUCUCAUGCUGUCCAAGACCGUGUCCGAGGCAGUGAGGGAGAAUGUGCCUUUCUUUAAUGUGGUGUGUGAUGAGGCUCAUGGUGGAGGAGACUGUCAGAUGUUGGUGGGUUACUCUGCCGUCUACCGGGUGUGUUUUGGCACAGCUUGCUUCUACUUAAUGAUGGCCCUCUUCCUCAUCGAUGUGAAGUCCAGUCAGGAUUUCCGAGCCCUCAUUCAUAACGGGUUCUGGUUUCUGAAGUUCAUCACCAUGCUUGGGAUGAUCGCUGCUGCCUUUUUUAUUCCAACAGAAUCCUUUUUGCAUGCUUGGCAUUACGUUGGAGUAGUGGGAGGCUUUUCGUUUAUCCUAAUUCAACUCAUUCUCAUCACAGCUUUUGCUCAUACCUGGAAUAAAAACUGGUUAACCGGUGCAGCUGAGAAUAAAAGGUGGUACGUGGCAGUCAUGUGCGCUACCCUCUUUUUCUACACCAUCGCCACCAUGGCCUUCACUUUCAUGUACAAAUACUACACUCAUCCAGCGGGAUGCCACCUGAAUAAAGCCCUGCUAUGGACUAACCUGGGCCUCUGCACCAUCAUGUCUUUUAUUGCGGUCACUCCCUGCGUGCAGCAAAAGCAGCCUCGCUCAGGACUCCUGCAGGCUUCCAUCAUUUGCUGCUAUGUCAUGUACCUGACCUUCUCUGCUCUUUCCAGCCGCCCACCAGAAAAAGUGGAGUAUCAAGGCGUCAACAUGACGGUGUGUUACCCCAAAGUCAGCAGAGAUGAGAUUCAAAAUGAAGGCAAUGCUGUGGCCAUUAUUGGGGCGGCUAUCAUGUACUGCUGUGUUCUCUUUGCAUGCAAUGAGGCUUCAUACUUGGCUGAGGUCUUCGGACCUUUCUGGAUGAUAAAAGUUUACCGCUAUGAGUUCCAAAAAGCCUCCUGUUGCUUUUGCUGCCCAGAGCCAGAAGAUGAGGAGGAGUUUGUCAUUGACGAGAGCAAAGGCUGUCAGAAAGUCAUCCACAAUGAGGCCCAUCGCGUUGCCUACAGCUACUUUUUCUUUCAUUUCGUUUUCUUUCUGGCCUCCCUCUACGUAAUGAUGACCCUCACUAAUUGGUUCAGUUAUGAGACUGCUGUGCUGGAGACAACCUUCACCCACGGGAGUUACUCCACAUUCUGGGUCAAGCUCUCUUCCUGCUGGGCAUGUGUUGUUCUGUAUCUCUGGCUCCUCCUGAGUCCCCUGUGCCACUGCCAGUCUGAUCACAAACGACCUCGCCGCGCCCGCAUCAAGAGACGGACCACCUCCCACCGUCACGUUAGCGUCAGCGUGUGAAUCACACAAAACGGACUGUUCAACAGUGUCAAAGACAGUGGGGAUGGGUGCAGGUUACUGGGGAUUUCCACUGCAAAGGAAAUGGGUCAUGCAGGAUCUCUGAACGCUGAAGAGUGGACUCUAUUAAAUGAACAUUGAUCCUCCUGAUAAUCCUGUUAGGAUUAAAAUCACCAGCACUAUCAAUGCAAACCAACAUGCAUGGAACGGAAAAUGUUAACCAUGUUUAAGACUGUAUGAGCAUAUCUGUAGGGGAUGUGCUAAAAUUGCCAAAUGGAAUAUGACAUUAACAUUUUAAAAAGCUGGAUGUCUGUAUAUUUAGUGAGGUUUUUUUUGUUUAGUUUUUUUAAAUGUAGAAGAAUUCUUCAUUGGCUUACAUUGUAGACAUAUGGAGAUACCU